AGUGCUGAACUAUAUAUGAAUAUCUAAGCAGGGGGUAAUAAACUGUUCGAUAUUCAACAAACUAUAGAGCGUAGUGUGGAAUUUGAUGAUAAUUUUUGUUUAUUUCUUAAUUAAUUUCCAAAUUUUGUCAAUGAAGUGCGUCAAACGUCACGUGCAAUUUUUUGGCACGCACGCGUUCUUUUUGACAUUCUGAAAAAAGUGAAAGAAACUGAAAUAAAACAGUAAAAAUUAAUAUUUAAAUGAAGAUUUUAAUUAUAGUGCAAUGUAUUUAAAAAUAAUUAUAAAUCUAACGGUAUUCUCCUGGGAAAGUUCACUCUAAGUCAUUCAAUAAAACAGGUAGGCAAUUCAUUUGUAUCUUACAGUUCACACCUAUAACCGCAGGAUAGCACUUUCACGUAAUAUUUAUUUUUAUCUGAAGUUCAAUUCGCGAUUACGAUCAAUCAACUUGUUUACGUUACUGAUUGAUAAGCCUUAACCUAAAAUGUGACAAUGUUUUCUAGACCUGUACCUGAAAAAAUGGUAGUGAAAACUUCCCAAAAACGCACAGUUCGUAUUUUAUUAGUGGGUGAUAGUGGUGUAGGUAAGACAUCCCUAAUUUUAUCGUUGGUAAGUGAAGAAUUUCCGGAAAAUGUACCCUCAAAGGCGGAGGAGAUCACCAUACCAGCUGAUGUUACUCCAGAACAAGUCCCUACCAAUAUUGUGGAUUAUUCAUCUGCAGAACAAACUGAGGAUGAGUUGGAUGAGCAGAUUAGAAAAGCCAGUGUAGUAUGCGUUGUGUACUCAGUGGAUGAUGAUGAUUCUAUUGAAAGGAUCACCUCGUAUUGGAUGCCUCUUAUUAGACAAAAUCAUCCUGAUGGCACUUGCCCAGUAGUGUUAGUUGGAAAUAAAAUAGACCUAGUAGAGUAUUCCACAAUCGAUGGUAUUUUUGAAAUAAUGGAGGAGUUUUCCGAGAUCGAAACUUGUAUUGAGUGUUCAGCUAAAACCUUAAAAAAUAUUUCCGAAAUGUUUUAUUAUGCACAGAAGGCUGUCCUUCAUCCCACUUCACCAAUUUACUCUGUGGACAAGGCUGAUUUAUCAGAAGGGUGCAAAAACGCAUUGAUCCGGAUCUUCAAAAUAUGUGAUAUAGACUGCGACGGACUCCUGAACGACAUAGAACUGAACAACUUCCAAAGUCGUUGCUUUAACGCGCCUUUACAACCUCAAGUACUCGAUGACGUCAAAGCCGUAUUGAGAAAGAACUUAGAGGACGGAGUAUGUCACAAUUGUGUCACUCUAAACGGUUUCUUAUAUCUACACAACUUAUUUAUACAAAGAGGCAGAAAUGAGACCACCUGGACUGUGCUAAGGAAAUUCGGUUAUAAUGACAAUUUGAAUAUGUCCAAAGAGUAUUUGUAUCCAAGUUUAAAAGUUCCUUCCGGAUCUACCACAGAGCUAUCUUUCAAAGGUCAACAGUUUCUCACGCACCUCUUCGAAAGGUUCGAUAAAGAUAGAGAUAAAGCCUUAUCGCCGUCGGAAUACGAAGAAUUGUUUUCGACGUGUCCCACUCCGGCGUGGGGCCCAGAUGUCAGCUCUAUGGUGCCAACUAACGAGAAGGGAUGGAUUACAUACCAGGGGUACAUGUGUCAAUGGGCGUUGAUGACUUUGGUAGAUUUGCCCAGAACUUUUGAGUAUUUAGCUUACCUGGGAUACAAUAUUUAUGAAAACGAGACACAGGUGACAGCGAUUCAAGUAACAAGAGAUAAGAAGACAGAUUUAGCCAAAAAACAAUCCAGUAGAAAUGUGUACCAGUGCCACGUAAUCGGUCCGUCGGCGUCUGGGAAAUCCACCUUUUGUAGGAGUUUUAUCAAAAGCAUCCUCGACUCAAAUCCCCUUCAACCCGAGAAGACUGGAGUCCCAAAUUGUACAGUGAACGUUAUUCAAGUAUAUGGACAGGAAAAAAUUAUGGUACUUAGAGAUAUUAAUGUUAGGAACGUAUCGGAUCCGCUACUUCCCGCAGAGGUGCAAUGUGACGUUGCCUGCUUAGUAUACGAUCAAAAUAAUCCAAAAUCGUUCGAGUAUAUCGCCAGAAUAUACAUUGUAAGUAACAAAAGAUGUCGAUAA